UGUACACAUGUCCGGGUGCCAUGCUGUCCAAGUCGACAGUCAACGAAGAAGAAAUGAUUGCAACGAUGGCGCCAGCUUCCAUCGGUUUCUCUUCAAGCUAACAUCGUUUGACUUUGGUUGUUAAAUAUAUAUUACACUCGAGCAUCUCGGCUAGCAUUUUUGAUUAAUUAAAGGGGAGCAAUGGCCAAUGCGCAGUCAGCGUUAAAGUUAGCCGUGUGCCUCCUCAUGAUUACAGAGCUGCUUCUAGCCAAAAAGGAUUACUACGACAUAUUGGGAGUGUCUAAAGAUGCCACUGAUAGGCAAAUCAAGAAAGCUUUUCACAGGCUUGCCAUGAGGUAUCACCCUGAUAAGAACAACAGUCCGGAUGCAGAAACCAAAUUCAGGGAAAUUGCAGAAGCUUAUGAAGCGUUAUCAGAUGCCACCAGAAGAAGGGAGUAUGACCAGUUGUCAUUUUUCACCGGAGCCACACAACAGGGUCAGAGACGGGCCGCCCAGCAGUCUUUCAGCUUCAAAUUUGACGACAUAUUCAAGGACUUUGACAUCUACAGCCACAACAGGCACGCUCGGCACAGACGACACUUUGACGAGCACUCCCAAAGAGAACCCCACGGCCGACACAAGAGGCAUUUUCAAGGGGCGGGUUUCUCUGACGACAUGUUGGACGACGUAGAGAGAAUGUUUACCUUGCACAGACACCCCAAACAGACGGAAAACGUGUUUCGCGGAACGUCCAAGCAGCACUGUAGGACAGUGACGCAGCGCAGAGGAAAUAUGGUGACCACAUACACGGACUGCACUGCAUCCUAAGAUGCAACAUUUGUUGGCUAUGCCUUACUGGCAUACAGUAUGUUUGUGAUGAUGAACUACAACGUGCCGGUGUCAUAUUGUUACAGGACACACGACAUCCGUUUGGUUCCCGUUCUGGUUCUGCAUCAGAGCUACAGGAACCGCUUCAAUAUAUUGGCCGAUAUAUGGGAUAUAGUUUUUUCUCAGUCCCAAAUAUCGGCAUCGGCCCCACAAAUCCCAUAUCGGGCGGGCUCUAGUAAAAAUGUUGACUGACGCUGCUAUUUUUAAAUGUGGUUGGCAUUGAGUUUAAAACACUUGUAAAUAUUGUGCCUCCAAUGUAGAAACUCACUGUACAAAAUGUACACAUUAGAUAACAUACUGUAUAUAUGCUUUGUCAUUCCUGACUCUGUUACGUCUGUAGUGUGCAAUAUUUAUUAUUUUUCCCUAUUUGAUGUAAACUAUCAAAUUGAAGCACUUUCAUUUUGUACAAGAUGGUGGCUGACAUUUGCAUUUGCUCUUUGACAAUGUCUUUCGAGAAAUAAAACCAUCAAAUUGCUGCUAUUUAUACGUGGGAACACUUGUUUUUUUUUUACUGGAUACUU